GAUCACAAACACGAACAUGCAAGCACUGCACGGUGGCCUGCGCCACAAUCGGCCAGCAUAUAAUGCCGCGUCAAGUCAAGCUCAUCCGAAAUCUAUAGCAUACAUACCACUUGGCAAACGGGAUGGGCGGCCGCGCUGGACAGUGGUGGCGAGCGGGCCCCACGAUGUCAAGUCGAGCCACGAUUCAGACCAAUACUUCAUUCGGCAAGCGCGAAUGGAGGACACAAAGGAGGUGGCGCUCAUAUUUGCUGAGUCCUUUGGCCGCGGCAACUUCCCUGGUGUCCAGGCAGAGGCACUGGAUGCGUUAGAAACCAGCUAUGUGGGCGCCAUUGAGCGCGAGAUGACCGAUAAACUGCGGGAAACUAUGGAGGCCAAGGUGCAGGCCUCUCGCGAGCACCGCGAGUACCGGAUGCAGCAGUACCUGCAGUUACUGCGGGCGCAGCUGGCGGCGCUGAGAGGCGAGCCCGCGCGCUUCCCCACACAGCCCUCGCCCUCGGAUGAGCGCAACCUGCAACGGCUGCGGCGGGCGCGGCAGUUCCUGGUGCUCGUGGCGGAGGAACGGCCGACGGCUGAGGCUGGUGAGGCUGGUGGCCAAGCCUCUGCCUCGUCCUCAGUAGCAGCGGAGGCGGCGGCGGAGCCGGAACCGGAGGCAGCGGCGCCGGGGCCCGGGCCCGGCUCGGCGGCUUGUGCUACAGGGGCCGCGGCCUCGGCAGCGGCGUAUGGGGGGGCGCGGAGGCGGGGCCAGGCGGUGGCGGCGGCGUCACUGUCGCUGCUGCAGCCAGAGGCUCUGCUGCCGCCGCCCUUCCCCUCCAACAAGCCCUACCGCCUGUACGUGUCCAACAUGAGUGUGGUGCCCGCGCACCGGCGGCGCGGCCUGGCCAAAAGGCUGCUGCUGCAGUGCGAGCGCGUGGCCCGGCUAUGGGGCCAUGAGUCCAUCUGGCUCCACGUCAAGCGCAGCAACGCCGCCGCCGCCGCGUUGUACGCCUCCAUGGGCUACACACCGGUGGAGUCGGGCGGCAUGAGGCUGCUGCCGGGGCCGCUCAGCCAGGUGCUGAUGACUAAGACCCUGCCGCCGCUCAGAGGCAGCUGCCGAGUGGAGCUGGGACGGGGCGGGGCCAGCAGGUCGCAGGCGGCAGCCGGCAGCAGCAGCAGCAGUGGCAGCAGCGGCAACGGCGGCAGUAGCAGCAGCGGAGCCGGCGGCGUGUCGGCGGGCGAGGCGGUAGUGAGCGGGGUGUCGGGGAGGUCCCGAGAGAAGGAUGGUGUGUUUGUGUGGGGUGCCGUGGUGGAGGGGGCAGGAGACGUGGGGCCCACCGACAAGGGGGCGGAGCGGCCAGGGCAGUAGGCGGCAUGUGGUCGGUGGCGGCGGGUGCCACGUUAUCAUGGCUGUGCGGCGUCGCCUAGGGGCUACGUUGCUUACGGUAGGUAGGUCGCGUUGGAGUUGAGCAGCGCUGUGAGUGAAGAUGACUAGACUGUGGUCAACUUCACUACGGCAGAGCUUGGUCCGGUGGGGCUAGAGAUGUGGACGUGCUUCAAUGUGGGACUUCUGGCUUGCAGUUUUUGAAGCUUGGCUGGCGGGCUGCUAGCAUGCAAUGCAGCAAGUCAGCUGCGGGCAAGUCCCUGUAGACACAACCACACAGGAAGCAUGUGGCCUUUAUCUGAGUGUUGCGCUGCUCCCUCACUGGUCAUGGGCAGCCACGACUACCGCGUUCGGUUGGCGCAUUCAGUGCUCGUAUCUCAUCUACACUGUAGACAAGAAAAGGUGGCUCUCCCUUGCAAGGGAA